AAGAAUGUUAAAGCCAGUGAAAAUACUGAAGAAAAAGACUUAAAAGAAAAAGGUGAAGUGGUUAAUAAUAGUAAUUUAAAAUAUAUUUUACAGUGGACUAAUCCUGAACAUGUGCCUUUUGUGUAUAUGGGUGAAGGUCAACAAGGAUUUAUAGACAGAAAGUGCAAGUAUACUAAUUGUUUUGUUACCAGUGAUAUAGAUUUGCUGGGGGAUGUUAGCAAGUUCGACGUCAUUGCGUUUGCCGGACCUGAAGUCUCCUACACAUCUAAUAAAAAACUAACGCCUCCGAAGCGAUCGCCACAUCAGAAAUAUGCAUUUACAAAUAUAGAAUCAGCAGGGAACUACCCGAUUUGCUCCAACAGGCUAGAUAACUUUUUCAACUGGACGUGGACCUACAGAUUAGACUCUGAGAGUAGAUGGGGCUACUUAAUUGUUAGAGAUGCUGAGAACAAAAUAGUAGGGCCAAAUAUUGAUAUGCAUUGGAUGAAGUUAGAAGAUAUGGACCCUGUCAGUGAAGAAUUAGCAGCACAGCUGAGAAAUAAAACCAAAGCAGCAGCAUGGUUCGUGUCUGAGUGUAGGACAAGAAAUCUUCGGGAGAUAUUCUUUAUAGAUUUGCAAAAAGAAUUAGAAGCUUACGACUUAGCAGUAGAUAUCUACGGCAGGUGUGGGUGGCUCAAGUGUGAACGAAGCAAUGAAGAGGAAUGUUUCCAAUUGAUAAAGAGAGACUAUUAUUUCUAUCUGUCGUUUGAGAACUCAUUCAGUAAAGAUUACGUGACUGAAAAACUCUUACAUGGCCUGAAAUACAAUGCGAUCCCUAUUGUAUAUGGAGGUGCUAACUAUACAAGGUUCAUGCCAGAUGGAAUAUAUCUGAAUGCAAGAGAACUAGGGGCCAUAGAAUUAGCUAAAAAGAUGAAGUAUCUCAUAGACCAUCCCGAUGAGUAUAAAGAGUAUUUCCGAUGGAAGAACCACUACUCUUACUAUGGAAGAGCCGAAAGCAUUGAGACGGACGAUUAUUGUGGUUUCUGCAGUCUUCUUAACAACGAAGAGAUGGUGAAAAAGACGUCCAUAUAUAAGAACUUUAUGGAUUGGUGGAAUGACCCUGAGCAAUGUAUUGCCUGAAUUAUUUCAUCAGUGGUUCAGUUGCAAUAAAUUGAAGGUGAAUCCAGGUAAGACUAGUGCAAUGCGCCUUAGGUCUACUGUUAGGCAAAAGGACAUGCCGGAUCUGACCUUUUUUUGGUAACAUCAUCGAAAAUGUUACUAGUGUUAAGUUUCUUGGUCACAUUGACGAUCUAUUUACUUGGAAAAAUAAACUUGCAAGUAUAGGGGCUUCCAUCAGCUCGGCUUGCUAUGUUCUGCGUAGUUUACGGGACGUAGUCAAUCGUAAACAUCUAAAGACGGUUUAUCACGUAUUGGUUUAAUCAAAGCUUCGUUAUAGUGUAAAAUUUUGGGGAAAUAGCUAUGACUAUAAUAUGUAUAUAGCCUUUGUGAUUCAAAAGCGGGCGAUAAGGACCAUAGUCCGAAUUUCACAACCUGAGCUAUGCAAAGAGCAUUUCAAAAAGAUGGGAAUAACUGUUCCGUGUUUUUACAUUCUGUUGCUCCUUACUGACCUGGUUAAAAGUCUAGGCGAAUAGGAGACCUCUGAAGAUAGACAAAUGCGGGAGAAUACAAGAAGGAAAUACUUACAUUGUAAAUUGCAGCCGAACUUAAAAGUAGUGCGUCAUUGCGCACACUACCAGGGUGUAUAACUGUACAACAAACUUCCUGGUGAGUGGAAGAACAUUACUAGCCUGAAUAUUUUUAAAAACAGAUUAAGAGCCCUGUUGUUGCGGGAAUGCUUUUAUUCCAUUAAAGAA